UGGCAGGAGCUGGUGGCAGUUCGUUGUACUAUUCAGUCUGGAGUGGCUGUAUUUGGCAUGGUUACUUUCAUGGAAGACAAUCUGAAACCUACAACACGAAGUGCAAGUAAGGCACUUCCAUGGAUACAGUGUAGUUUCGGAUAAUGCGUUGUGCUUCUUGAUUGGUGGACGAGACAACUCUGUAUGUACAAUGAAGAUUGGAUAUUCCUGUGAUCCUGAAUGGGAGGUCAAGCGUGAAGUGUAGCUGUAGUGAGAGCUUGAAAUGUGUUUGCUAAAAGUGGCUGAAAGGUCAUAUUGUGUGGGUGAUUUACAGCGGAAGGGUACAUUUGUCAAUAGAGAGGUGAGGUGAAAUGGGGUUUAACGUCCCGUUAUAUAGCGAUGUGCAUGCACAUAUGUGUAUAUGUAUGUGUGGCAGCAUGUACUAAUCCGGGAAUAUCUUUUUGAUAUUGAGCUACCAUACUCGAGCUUAUGGACAUCCCACUGUGUACUGACACCGAGCCGACUAGUCCAUGUUUAUGCCCUCAAUGCCGAGUGCCAGGCAGGGUAACAACAAGAACCACACUUUAACGUGUUUUGGUAUGACGCGGUCGGGGAUCGAACCAUCGAUCUUCCGCUGUCCGUGCAGAUGUGAACUUAAUGCAGACAGCGUGAGGCGAGUGAUCACGCCAUACCGUGUUUUCUAUUUGGGUGUGUUAGUUGCAAUCACAAUAGGCUAUAUGACGUGUCGAAGUGACACACCCUUUAGUGUCAUUGCAGGAGUAGAGCAGAAAGCCUACGGGUCGUGCCCGAGUGUGCUGGGGCAUAUGCUGACUGGUACCUGGGUCACCCGGCCUCUUACGGCGAGGGAGGGAGAAGACAUUGAAGCGUUUUUACGACAUGGUCUCUUUUUUCUAAAUGAUGAUAAAAGUUUUGAAAAGCCGGAUAAACGCUGUGGAAACAUAUCCUACUAUCAAUGGAUGUUGCGUGAUAAGGCGAGUGAGUGGUUCCGGGUGCUUUGUGAGCCAAAUGGGGGUACCCCCUGUUGCUAUGACAACGUAUGUCAGAAGAAAACAGUUGAAGAAUGUGUCUGUGAUAACUGUUACGAUCUGCGGCGUCAAGUCCAUGCUGAAUAUUCAACAUGGACCCCGGCUGAUGCCAGAUGUCAGGUGCGGACGUUCACGUCAACGUCAGCGUGUGAACUGCUCCGGGGUGGAACAUACCACUUCUACGGUGACUCCCUGAUCAGGCAGAUGUUCCUGGCUUUCAUCAUUAUACUCAAGGGAGACUAUCAACAUGGCGGACUGAGACCUGAUGCACCCAUUGAUGUGAGACAAAAGUGUUCUGGAUACUAUGUCUUCCCCACCCACAACUGUCGAGCCUUUCUGGAUUAUUCCCCGACGCUGUGUAACGGAACAGUUAGGGCUCUGUUUAAGCAGUACACAGCUAACUAUGACAGAAUGAACAUGAUGAGAGAUGUCAAGAAGAUCCGGGAUACACCAAAGUCUAUCCUCUUCUUUGGGUGUGGUGUGUGGACAUUCUUCAACAGGGAUGACACAGGGAAAUAUGCCAGGGCUGUUAUUAACAUGGUCAACAAAUUCAAGAAACGAACUUGGCCAAAGCUACUCUGGUCCGGGGUCCAUCACUUUGGUCUCUGGCGUCGACCAAAUGUGAAAGGGGUAGACAAUGAGCAUGCCCAGCCCUUCAACAGAUACAUGGAGACAGUUUUGGAGAUGUACAAUGUACCCAUGUUUGAUACGUUUAAUAUGACGCGAGGGGUUCGGAGUGUUGAUGGGACUCACUACGGUCCCGGUGUGAACUUCUUGAAAGCUCAAAUAUAUCUAAAUUAUAUUAUGGAAUUGCAAAAUAAAGGGCAAUGGAAUUAAAAAACAUUUGAUUUCA